CUGACUUAUGUUUUAUUUUGAACACCCAUUUAGAUCCUACUGCUUUCUUACCCUUUGGUAGCUUGACCACUUCCCAGGUCUGGUUUUCUUCCAGGGCUGCCACCUCCUCAUUACAUGUUUGAUUCCAUCUAGGAUCUUUGCAAGCUUCUGCAUAUGAAGAAGGUUCCUGAUGACUCGGUAUUUGCACAUGUUUUCCCCUUUGUUUCUUGAUUGUUUGAGCUUGAAUUAUCGUGUCUUUGGCCUAUUUUACGCUAGGUUGUGUUCCUUUGUCACAUUUCAGGUCCUAGCACAUAAAGUGAAGCAUAGGCGCAAGUUUCAAGUCAAUCAGAGAUCAAUUGACGAUUCGAGAGAAGAAACUCGGGUAUGACCUGAAGAAGAAUGGAUUUCUACCUCACUUUAUGGACAAAGAAUCAUGCAAGCUUGUCAUGAAAAGAAAGAGGACGAGACUACGAGCGUCUGGGAUCAAACGGCGACUGAUUCGGAGUCCGGACGAGGGAGAAACGAAGCAUUAAACAGAGGCUGACCAAGCCACACGGGCACAACCCACACGGCCGUGUGACCUGGCCAUGUAGCCGUGUGGAAAUCACCGAGCCUUCACACGGGCAGCUGGGAAAGCCACACGGCCAUGUGGCCUGGCCGUGUGAGUCGGGAAUUGCUGUUUAAAACCCGAUUUUCAGCAAAAGGAAAGGGGGAGAGCUGGGUUUUGGAUCCCAAACACCCAAGGGAAGAACCCUAGAGAGAGAGAGCGACUUGGGAACAUUCUUGGAGCUAUUUUGGAGGAUUUCUUCGCCAUUGGAGCUCGGGAAUCAAGCUUGGAGAUGGAGAUUGAAGAUCUAGAUCAGAUUUCUGCAGUCUCUCUCUUCUCUAUGGAGUAACUUCCCUUCACUUAGGUUUUGAGGAACCCUAGUUCCAUGAGUUGGGAUCUUUCUUGUAUGAAGUUUUGGAUGCUAUAUUGUUUGAUUAUAAUCGAAUGAUGCAUGUUUAUUUAGUCAAUUGAAGUCUGAUCAACUUUUCCUGAUUUCUGCUGCAACCUUAGAUAGAUAGAAUCUGAUUAGGUUGUUAGAGCCUCAUCAUUCGGUAGUAGGAGAUUGGCUAUACGAGAGUUAGCCAGUUUACUGCUUUGUACUGGAAUCCAAUUCCAGUAGUGGAGUUCUGUGCUUAUUGCUUCAGCUUUCUAUCCCGGUGAAGACUAGUCGUCUGCCGGAUAGUUAGACUGAGAGGGCUUGGUCAGCUUAAGAUAUUCCAAGCUACUGUCGGAUCUUCCGCAGUUUAAUCAACAGUAAAACAACCAAAAGGAAUUACAACUUGGACCUAAUUGAGGAGCUAGGGGGAAUCAUACCUAAGUGAGUUCCCAAACUGUAAUUAGUAGUUUUACUUAGUUUAGUUAGUAGAGUAGUUUAGUUAAUCAAUCCUUAAUCUAGUUUGCUAGAUAAUGAACUGAAGCUGAGUAAUAGUAACUCUAGAGACCCGUGGAUUCGAUAUUUAUUACUUGUGCCACUAUACUGCAGUCCCUUUCAUUGGUUACACUUGGCCAUUGUUAGGUGUUGUGUUUUAGAGCAUCAAGUUUUUGGCGCCGUUGCCGGGGACUUUCUAGAGUAUUAGGAAAGGCAGAAGUUUGUUACUUUAGCGUUUUUCUUUUCUUUUCCACCCUUGCUUUUCACUUGGGUGUUUUUGUUUUUGUUGGUGCAGAUCUGAAUCAUGGAUCCUAAUGGCUUCUCCAAUCAUUGGGGGUAUCCACCACCAUUCGGGUGGUAUUACCCCGCGACUCCCUACAGCAAUCAAGGAGGAGAAGACUAUGGAUUCAGGUUCCAGUACCAACCCCCUUGCUACGGAGAACAAUCAGACCCCUGGGCAUAUCAAGAACAACCUCAUUACCAAGAAGACUUUCUCCCACAACCAAAAGGGCCAUCGGAGCUGGAGUUACCCAUGGCGGCCUUCACGGGCCACUCUGCAGAGCCAUGCUACACUUCACUGGAGGAUCCGAACGAACAAUUAAGGCUUCUCGUGGAGCAGUUUGCUCGAGACACUGAGAAAUCAUGCUCCAAGAUGGAUCUUCAAAUCAAAGCCAUUGCCACUUCCGAUCCCUCAUUUCUCCAUGAUAUGGAGGAGACUGUUCAGCGCUCAGCGAAGCAAACAGAGUGGGUGAAGCAAGUUUGUUCACAUCUUGCUCAAGAUCACCUUUUUGCUACCACCCUAGAAGAGGUGGAGGAUGACAAAGGCUAUGGGAGCGUUGAGGAGCAUACAGAAGUUAUCACAGAGAACUCCCAUGAUAACCAUGAUCAGGAAAGUCCUUUGGUUGCAGACCACACCUUUCCUCAUUUAUGCUCUAACAUGCUGGGCCCGUGCGAGGAGAUGCAAGAUGAUCCCAUUGAAGAAAUUGCUUGGCGACUUGCUCUCCAAUCUGUUCUAGAAGAAGAAGAGCGAGUAAGGAUGAGGAAGGAAGUUGUGGAUGAUGAGGAAGAAAGAAAAGAAGAGGUGGUUCUUGAUCUUUUCCCAGGGGAGAGACCACAUUUUGAAGAAGGAAGGGGGGUUGAGGAAGCAAUUGGCGUCCAGGCUGAGGAUGAAGUUGAGGUGGAAGAGGCAUGCACCGGCCAUGAGUUGCAAGUAAUAUCCCCACCAAACUUUGAGGAACUGCUUGGCAAGGACCCAUUUGCAGUGUCUCUUUGCCAGACCAAGGCCACAUCGACAUCAAUCCCUCUUGGUGGACGCGAUGGUGGUCGGUCGAUACUGUCAUAUCAGGUUUGGGGCAACGAGACGAGAAAAGAGAAGAAGAGGUCUCGAGGGUGGAGACUUCAUCUGCAUCAAGUACAUGAGCCUUCAUCACCUGCCACACCACAUGCUCGUGACUUGAGACUCCACCUCAUCGACGAGAACCUCAACUUCAAGGAGGUUCUAGCAUGGACCGAAACUUAGGAGCCAUCAUCCGGCUCACGACGUGAAAGAAGCGCUUGUUGGGAGGCAACCCAACCAGUCGGUUUGCAUUUCUUUCUCUAUUUCUCCUCGGUUGAGUCAGUUUUGUUAUUUGAUUUUAGAGUCAAUAGCUCAACCUUUGUGAGAUUUUGUGUGGUGUUUGUGUUCUGAUUACUCUCUCUUCCUGGAAUGCACUGCCUGACCCGUACAUCAUCAUUCACCCUUGAUCUGGUAACUUUGUUCUACCCUCCUUAUCUUUCCUCCAUUGAGGACAAUGUCGUGCUUAAGUGUGGGGGGGUGUUCGAUUAUGUAUGCGGGUGAAUGUUUGGCUGUUUGUGUGCUUGGAGCCUAGUCCACUGUCCAAAUUUUUAAAUUUGAGGGCUCCAAGUACGUGUUUCCUUGCAAAUUGCCUGCUCAGUAUGCUUUGAAUUGACAGUCUCUAUAGUAAUGUGCAACCUAGGGAGGUAGUGUAGCACUAUGGAGGAUGUUGAAGUAUAAGAUUUUUCCUAUCUAGCUCUCUGUUGUGCCAGUUGAUUUUGUGAAUUAGUGGAGCUAAGACCGUUGAAUUCAUAUGAUAAUGGUGACUCUGUUUGGAUUAUGUUAUGGACUCGUGUAUCGAACAGGGUGCUCAUAUGGAAAAUGGGAAGCAGUUGGUCCUCCAUGUCAAAAUCAUUAAAUCUUAAACAUGGGGUAAGCCCAACGUGUGCGGCACCGUUCAUUGCACAAAAUCGGGUUUUGGAAGAGAUUUUAGUGAUCCUUAGUGGGGUACUCAUACAAGGUGAAGCUAAGUUGUCUCUAGUACAAGUAAAACUUCCACCCGUUGAACGGUUUGCCUACUUGAGGAUGUGUUUUUAAGGGCACGGAUAGAGCUUCCGACCCCCCUUAAUUUCAUUGACCCUCCACACGAGUUGAGGAAAAGGAGUUAAAAGAAGUACUCUGGCGAGCUCCAGAUGUACAGAAAUUGCUCUUGCUCGACUAAUAAGGGUCGACCGUGCAAAAGACUGCAGUUGGAACCCCACCAAAUGAAAGAAAAAAUGUAAAUGAAAGUGAGAAAAAGGGGUUCCAACGGUGAAAUGAAGUGAAAGAGCACCCCGGUACAACGAAUCCUUGGUUGUGAAUGGUGUGAGUCCCUUUAUCCAUGAACUGACUGUCUUACUUCUACUUUUUCUCAUGAUCCUGGCUUGAGUCUAGUACUCGCAUUGAGAGAGAUAGGGAACGUCCUAGAAGAUCAGUUGACCUCGUAAGCUGCUAUAAGAUCUAGGAAAUCCUCUACCGACGAUCGGGGUUGUAUGUUGCUAUAGAGCUCUGGAGAGCUGCAUUGGUUUGAGUUAGGUUUGCUUGGGGACAAGCAAACAGUUAAGUGUGGGGGGAUUUGAUGACUCGGUAUUUGCACAUGUUUUCCCCUUUGUUUCUUGAUUGUUUGAGCUUGAAUUAUCGUGUCUUUGGCCUAUUUUACGCUAGGUUGUGUUCCUUUGUCACAUUUCAGGUCCUAGCACAUAAAGUGAAGCAUAGGCG